UGGGAUGUUUAUGUUCAGUCGUGUUGUGGCCGGGACGGAGGGAGGAGUGGAUCAUACUGUGCUGGGUAGUUGGAACUUUGUGGUCGUGUUCUGUCGGUGUGGAGUCAAAUAUGUGCUUUUGGUGUUUUUAGUGUUUGAUACAAGAUGCAAAGCCAAAGCCACUACAACGUUGAUGACAAGUUUGGAAUGAAUAUCGGCUCCUUUGACCCUGAGCUGUUCUCCCAGCCCAUGGGAGCCCCCAUGGCCGGCAUGGGGGUGGGCACCAAGAGGUCCGCUCACGACGCAGGCCUUGACAGGGACCCGCUGGGACUCUCCUCAGACGAAGACGGGGACUUGUUGAAGAAGGACGACAAGAUGAACCCGUCGUCGAGCCGGGAGGUGCUACCCCACCAGACCUCCUUGGACCCCCAGCAGCAGACCAAGACGCUGCCCAACGGCAAGAAGACCAAGGGCAGGGUCAAGAUCAAGAUGGAAUUUAUCGACAACAAACUGAGGAGAUACACCACCUUCUCCAAGCGGAAGACAGGCAUCAUGAAGAAGGCGUACGAACUGUCCACGCUGACGGGGACGCAGGUGAUGCUGCUGGUGGCGAGCGAGACGGGGCACGUGUACACUUUCGCCACCAGGAAGCUGCAGCCCAUGAUCACCUCCGAGGCGGGCAAGGCGCUCAUCCAGACGUGCCUCAACAGCCCCGACCCGCCGCAGGCCCCGCACCACCACGACCAGCGCAUGUCUGCCACGGGCUUCGAGGAGACGGAGCUCACCUACGCCGUGAACGAGGACGAGCAUAAGGAGGGCCUGGGGCGAGAAGAGUACCUCGGCGGCGGCUCCUCCAGCCCCUCGGACUCCUCCUCUCCACCCACACCAUCGGACACACCCACCCCAUCCGCUGCGGGGCAGGGCGGACAGCAGCCUUCCGCCCACCCCUCCGCCAGCCAGAGCCUGCCCGUACAGCUGACUCCCGGCCUCGUGCUGGCCUCCUCCGUCCCAGAAGCGUGGCAAGAUGAGCGGCGCCGAAGUGUUCCAAGCUACUCAGGUUCCAUUGCCAUCACCACCACCACCGCUGCCACUCAGUCCCAGUCUUCCUCCUCCACUAAAGCCACGGCCAUGCUGACAGGAGGGAGCGUGGUGGUGGGCAGCGGCGGCGGGUCAGUGAUGUACGCGGCGGGCGGCGGAGUGGUGUACGCCGCCCCUCAGGCCCAUGUGACGGAGGGAGCCACCCCUGUCCUGCUCAACCUGCCGCCUGGCCUGCAAGUCACCAACGACCAAAAUGGUCCUGGCACAGGUCCUCUGGUCACCUUACCAAUGGCUCUGACCUCAGCGGCUCUCCAACAGUCAGCUGCUGCCGUGGUAGUAUCAGCAGCCUCAGUGGCAGCUGCCUCCAAUAACAGCAGCAGUAAAGGCAGCACCAGCCAGGCCGCUCCCACAGACCUAUCAAUGCACAUCAAGAGAGAGAAACGGCCAUGAGCCCUGCUGGGAGGUGUGGGGUGGCUGGGUGUGCAGGUGAGGGUGGUGGUGACGGUGGUGCUGUGCCUUGAGUCCCCGCCCAGGCAGCGCUGGAGCCAAGGUGACUCGUUCAUCCUGCGUUGCCAGGACCACAACUCCUCGGGAUGCUACUUGUGAUCUGUAGUCAUUUCAAUUAGGCUAGUUUGGUGCAAAGAUUGGUUUUUGUACAUUGGAAUAUCAAAAGAUACUUUAGCUCAAGUAAUUUUAUCAGAUAGGUAUGACAAGUAUUGGCUGUUAACUAAAUCUUAUCUGUACUACUUCUAUUUUAAUUAUUUCCAUGACAAUACAUAUGGUGUACAAUACUAACUCAUCAGAGUUAUUUAUUCACUAUUUACUUAAGUGAGGUACAAAAACUAUCAGUUUAAUAAGAGGCAUCUGAGUCCUCCAAGUCAGUUGUUAUGGUUUCCUCACUGUCACUACACACUGUAGUGUCACUUGAUGGACACCACUUCAGAAUUUAGUAAAUUAUACAUUUUGUUAAGUAUUGUUAUGAUUUGGCCGUGAUUGGUGACGCCUGGCCAGGAGUGUGGCAACAGAGACCACAGUGCUCCUGUCCAGGGGAGUGGCGGCCAGUGGACCUCAAGUGUGAAGCCUUUUGGCAUGAGAAGGCUGGGUGACUUAAUGUGUCUGCUGCUUGGCUGGUGUACCUGGCAACAAUCUCCUGCUGCUGCCUGGAGAAGGUGGUGGAGGGCAGUAGCAGCAUUGCCCAGUCUGUUAGUUUGAGAGGGGUGGGGCAGCAAGUUGUGAGUCAAGUAGUGUGGGGAUGUUUAUUUUGACUUAUAGUCUAGCUGAAGAUUAUGCAGUUAUAAACCUUGCUUGUAUUUUGAUGACUUUAAAUGCAGCACUUUUCUACAUUCUCAUGAAUUUCACAAUUAUUAAUGCUUUCACUUCCCUUAAAUGCUAUGUAAAUAUGCUGACGCGUUGCUGCCACUUCAAGUUUUGUUAUUAGCAUUAUGUACAGAACAAAUCACAAAGAGGCUCUUGUUUUAUGAACAGUUUGGUCGUGACCUGCCGGAGUGCAGGGAGCAGCCCUCCCUGUGUCAGGUGGGGCCGCAAGAGGCUUUAUGUUAGUUCCUGUUGUUGUUGUUUUAAGGGGAAGGGGUGGAUGCUGGGGUUGACACAAACAAACAAACAUUUUUCAAGUGGCAUUAGAUUGUAAUAUAUCAGGAUAUUGGAACUAUAACACACAACAGAACAUUACAAUGCUAAGGUGGAGAUGGAUUCCUUAUUUUGUACAAAAGUUGUUCUGUAAGUGGUGAUGGGAGCUGCCCAAGAAUAUGAACUCACAACUUAUUUGUUUUAAUUGAUUUAAUGGAAUGUGAACAAAUUAACAGUAGAAUGUGUGUUUACUGGUGUUGUCUAAUGCGAAAACUUCUGGAGGUGUGUGUACCUUUGUCUGUCCUGCUGCAGCUACAAAGGUAUAGGACAUUGACCAGACUCAUCAUACAUCAGAACCUGAAGAUGCAAACAACUAUACAGUUUGUUGGUAAUUUUGGUGCUCCAUUUAUUCCAGACACUGGCAACAAAACUUUUCCUUGACUCUACUCAGCCAUCUGCUUGGGUCACUGAUGUCUCACAGAUUUUGUGAAUGAAUCCACAAAGUGAGGGGUGUGAAGUGAUGGCUGGCACUGGCAUUGCUUAUGCCUCUAUGGUUUCUGUAUUCAUCCAUUCUGAUGCCUGUCCUUAAUACUGAUGUUCAUGAGAAAGAUGAACAUCAGGGAAGAGAUUGUCUUUGAUUGCAAGAAGUGGGAGAGACUGGUAAGCUGUCAACCCCACAAAGGGAAAUAAGGAUGUGAAAUUAUAUGAUGAAGAAAUGGGUUGCUAAUGAAAUUAUCAUACCAGGAGAGUCUCCCAUUGAUCUUGCUACACUCUUCUUUGUUACGACUUCAAUCCUUUCAUACGCCCACUCUGUCACACCUUCCAUUCACGCACUCUACAGAACAACUUUCUGUGAACUGAAGUGACCAAGUAUUUGUGAAGGAAAGGAAGAAAGAUAAAACCAAGAUAUUUGUCUUACAGUUUGAUUUUGGAUCAACCACUUAUUCUAUAUUAGGUUUUCUCAGUAGUGUUAAUAGUAAUUCUUUUCAUCCAUCUUUCUGUGAUUAGGAAUUUUUGAGAUCUUCCAAAGUAUGUAUACUGUUUUGGAGUGUCUUGAGGAAUCCCAUCACUGCUUCCUGUAGUUGACUGAAAACUGGUUCAGUCUGACAAACUACCACUGUGCAUUGUGUAUUUGCCUAACUGUAUUGGUUCUGGAAGGUGGAGAGUGCAAGAUGAAUGAUCAUAUGUUCUGUUUUGAUAUAUGGUAAAAUUUUUAUCUUUUCUCAAUAUGUUAUUCCCUUACAAUUUUGAGACUUACUGUCCUGAUGUGUUUGACCUUAGCAUUAGCAUCACCCUUGGUGACCUCUUUAGUGACCACUAUCCUGCAGCCUUAGGCCAAGAGUGGACUGAUCAUGGUGCCUUCUCCUCAAGGUAUUAACUCAUGUGAUCUUUAUUUACACAUGGUGAAAUGGACCUGGAAGCCAUCAACCAUUAUUUUCAGCGCAUAUAAUUGCUUACCUAUGUUUGCUUACCAAAGGCUUGAUAUCUAACCCUGUCCCGAAGGUACAUGGCGUCUGCUUUCCAUCAGUGGUGCUCCAGUGAACCAUGUUUAGAACCUGACAGAGAGCAACUUUAGUCAUAUUGUGUUGUAUAUUUUGCUUGCAUUUGGUUUAUUUCAUGCUCUACUUAUCUUUGGUCAUUUUCAUGAUCUCAAAUUGAAAUUUAUUACUGCAAUAAAUGCCCGGUGGAUUGCAUACAAAUAGCUUGUGACGGGUAUGUGGCAUUGGCAUUGGCAUACCAGCACUGGUCCUCGGUGUACUAUGGCCCAGGGAAGUGGUGUCAGGCUGUACAAAAUGUUCAUACAAAAGUCAGUGUCAGACACUUACCUCUGUCCAUCACAUCCUGGCUCUUCUUGGUCCUUAUGGAGCUCUUUACAUGAAGCUGUACAUGACCUCAAUAUCAAUUUUUAAUUUGACAUAAAAUUCACUGGGCUUGGUAACACCACUUCCUUGUGCACCUGUACAUCAGUUUGCUCAUGAGGGCACACACCACUCACUGAGUAAGACAGCUCAUAUUGAUAUCUUUUUUAUUUUAUUUUUCUUCCAAAAUAAUUUGUAAUAAAGUAGUACUGCCCACAUCAGUAGCAAGCAGAUUACUGAUGAUUUUAUCAUAAUGUAAAUGUAGAAUAAUUAUUUUUUGUGCAGUAGAACUCUAUAAAGAACAAUACAGUAUUAUUUAGUUGUGAUUUAUGAGUAGCUUACAGCACUUACUAUUUAAUCAUGCCUCAUUUUUUUUUCCGUUACACUGGAUUCCUACAUUCGGUUUACUUGUGACACUCCAUACAUUGUGAGAUGGACACCUGUGUGGGAGAAAAUAUAUGACAUGAUAGAUUAAAUGUAUAAAAACAAUAAAGGGUUCUCUUCCCAAAACAUUUGAAAUAAUAAGGAAAUCUAGGAGGCUGCAAGUAGCCAAUAGGUCUGCAUACAGUAGUCCCUAUGAAUCAUUAAAAAUGUCACAAAAAACUUCUGCUUUGGAGGACAUUCAUCACUUUAGUGUUUGAGUGAGCAGCCACAAUGGGAAGAAAUAUUUAAUCAACAGACAUUUGCUUUUGGAUUUAAGGUAUGGUGAAUUAUAAUUAAGAUCCUCCUGAUGACUGUGUAUGUAAAUGUGUUGUUUGUGAAGGGCUGUACUACUGUAGACUCUAGUAAUGAAGGUGUGUGAAUGGCCAGGCAGAAAAAGGGCCAUUCAUAAAUACAUAUCCUUAAACUUCAUGAGGCCAAAUAAGAUUUUAGUUAAUAUAUAUAUAUAUAUAUAUAUAUAUAUAUAUAUAUAUAUAUAUAUAUAUAUAUAUAUAUAUAUAUAUAUAUAUAUAUAUAUAUAUAUAUAUAUAUAUAUAUAUAUAUAUAUAUAUAUAUAUAUUAUAUAUAUAUAUAUAUAUAUAUAUAACUGCUCAUAAAUACUGUACUUUAUCACUGAACAUUGUAUUACUGAACUCAGCGAUGCACUACUGCAGCCUCACUAACCUGUAGGAAAGUGUAGUUUAUAUAUUGCAUACCAAACAUAUCUUAGUCCUUCACAAAAACAUACAGUAGUAAAUUGUUCCUAAGCAACAUAAACACCACUUGAAGAAUAAGGUGUUCCUGAUACAAUAAUGUGAAGAAUCAGGGAGCCUAGAGAGUCCACCCAAGAUAUGCAAGUCGUCAUGAUCACAAGUUGAAUACCUGUCUUCAGCUUUUAUAUUGUUUUCCCUCAAGUCCUCUUAUCCAGUCUCUCAACAACACCUGGCAGUUGAUGGAUUCAUUCUUGAUUCCUGUGGGUCAGAGGUCAAUAUGAUAAGAGAAAGUAAAUAGAUAUGUAUGUCUUAUGAAACGAGGAGAAGCUUGAAGGAAAAGCACUGAACACAGGUUGUGAAUGUGGCAAAUUAUUCAGUUAAUGACCAUGAGUAAUAUUUGCUACCUGCAUUCCUCCUAGCAUUGACCACUAGGAGGCUUGGGAGGAAAGUCAUGGGCAAAUGUAUAAUGAGCCAAGGGAUAGGUUAGAUUAAAUAGUUUUCCUCAAGAUGCCUUAUGAACACAUUGACUCGGUGUGCAUUAUGUUUGCUUAGAAGUGAGGAUGCUGGAAAUAAGAGCAUGGCUGGCCUCAGUAAGUGCCUGCCACAUAGACUCUUUGGUUCCUUUCCCUAGGCAGAGACAGUAGUAUUCCAGUGUCCCUUGUGUCCCUCGUACUGACACAACUGAUGCCGCAUGUUUGAAUGGAUUUGUUAGACAUGCUUGAGAAGAAGAGACUCUUCCUCACCUAUCACUUAUUUAUCUCAUUAGACACAGUUCUCUAGUUGUCAUGUACUAUUUGACACCACAACCAAAAAAGCCAUGGACUGUGCACUGCAAGCAGUGUUAUAGUACAAACCACUCAUAGAUACAGGGAGUGACUUAUGGUUCUACUGUUCAGUUAAGCUACUUGGUUAUGAUUCAAUUGUCUUGUUCACUUGCUGCUGAUGUUUGCUGUUUGUUUUUCAUGAUUUGUUAUGUAAUGCUUGAGUUGCUUUCAUUGAGUGUUGCCUAUGAGUGUCCUCAGGUGUGGUGUGGUGUGGGUCACUGCCUUCCUGACCCUGUCACUUGAAACGUCAAAAAUGUGCUUAAAGACAUUGUGUUUUGGGACCAGAGGCUUACUCUUUGUAGUCCUUUAUGUAAGUAGGACUUUUUUUUUUAAUAUUGAAAGGAUAGAAUUGAAAUACACCCUUGAAUAAC